AGAGCGCUGUGUUUCUUGUUUACAUAUUCUAAACCUGAAGACUCCAGCGCCAUCGUGCAUAAAUUCACGCCACGUCACUCACACACUAUUGGAGAGUUGCCCAACUUCACAGCAUACAAAAUGAGGCGGAGUGGCUUGUCCUCGCGGCGAUGGCGAGCUGGUGUGUGGUGUGGGCUGUGUGUCCUGUGUCUGGCCACACUCGCCCUCAGAGACACGCUACAUUACCUUCUGCCAGAAUACGAUACUCAUAGAAAGCGUUGGUGUCUGCCGCCCCUUGUGGAGGUGGAUGGUUGUACGUCAUGGCGACCACUGCUCCUCCACCACCCCACUUGCCCUUGCACCAGGAAGGUUCUCGUUCUUCACGACACGUGCUCAGACAUCGUCGCUCUCGACGCAGAGGGUUACUUGUCAUUCACACAAGAAAACUUUGGCGACUCAACGUGUUCAGACCAGGCAACACUAAGAGGACCACGUCAGCAUGUCAUCUCCAUCUCCAGCAAAGCAAUGACCAAUGCUGACCUCACUGCCCUUAACAGUACCAUCACACAGGUUAAUGAGGUGUACAAGGGGUGGGUGCUACGUCUUUAUACAGAAGUGACACCACAAAGUCUCCCUGGACUAUGUUCGUUGGUUUGUUCCAAUCACAAUCUAGAUCUAUGUGAUGUCAAUAACAUGUCCAAUCCAGUAAAAAAGGCAGAUAAAUCAGGGAGAGUUGGGUGGCGGUGGGCAAUAUUGGGAGACCCACUUGUAUCAGCAUGGGUGGUGAGGCACCUGUAUCAGGCUCUAUUACCCCGUGAGGCUCAUGCCAUCACACAGUUCAUCAACUCAGACAAGUGUUGGCACCUUAUGUGGGACCAUAUCACACAUACUAAAAGUCCCCUUGGCUCUGGUUUAGUGGGGGGAAAGACAUCUUGGGGUGCAAAGGAACUGAUUAAUAUUCGACGUCACCUUCUGCAAGAAAUCUCAAACUUUGAUGAUGAGGAACUCCUUUUGAAGGAGUUACUGCUGCCACUGAUGGGAGCUGAUAUCAUGGCACAUGAUAGUGUGACCUGCCGACACACUCCUGGUGCUGUUCCCUUCCCAAGCAGGCGCCAGCCUGGACAUUGGGUUGGUAUGCCAUCCUCAGAAUCCCUAUUUCAUUUGGGGAAGACCUCCAACAUGCCCACCACUACACACAAACAUGAGAAAAAAACCCUCAAACACCCCACACAGGGACAUUCAUCAGUAAGAGAUUACCCUGAACAGGACAAAAGUGGAAUUAGAUUGGUAGACAUAAAGGAUGGUACUAGUAUUAAGGUAAGCCAGGGAACAGGCCAACAAAGUCAGUUUACCACACACACCAGUCCCAAGGUUCAAAAGUCUAACCAUGCAAGUCACAAGAAGAAGGUCAAUCUUAUGAGUCACAAAAUGCAAAGACUUGACCCAGCAUGGGAAGCAGAGGUGAACAAAGAGUUUGGCAUCCCCGUUUGUCCAUCUGCCUGUCGACCUCUGUUACACCCAGACUGGGAUUACUGUUGAAGUACUUGACACUUUACCUUUCAUACUUCCCACUACAGUUCAGUUGAACAUGGAAUUAUGAUAGGGCUCCUUAUUUGUCCUUCAUUGUAAGAUGUCUACUGCCAAAUGGGUUAUCCAUGCCUACAUCAAAUAUUUUUUUACACUACAUCAUAUUUAGUAUUAAUCUCAUUCCUAAUAAUGAAGUAUUAAUAUUUAUUUAUUUAAAUGCCUAACCAAUAAAAUUUACUAGUUU